AUGAAGAGGAACAAUUUUUCUGUUGUGAAUAAAGUUGUCCAGUCUUCACCAGCAGUGAAACAGCCUAAACUUGGAUUCUACUCUUCUCUCAACCAGACUCAUACAUACACUGUCCUUCUAGACUGGGGGAGUUUGCCUCACUAUGUAGUGUUACGCAUUUUUCAGUAUCUUCCUCUAAUGGAUCGGGCCCGGGCAUCUUCUGUAUGUAGGAGAUGGAAUGAAGUUUUUCAUAUUCCUGACCUUUGGAGAAUGUUUGAGGUUGAACUGAACAAGUCAGCUACUUCAUAUUUUAACUCCACUCAUCCUGAUCUCAUUCAACAGAUCAUUAAAAAACAUGCUGCCUAUCUCCAGUAUGUCAGCUUUAAGGUUGAUAGUAGUACUGAAUCAGCAGAAGCUGCCUGUGAUAUACUUUCUCAGCUGGUAAAUUGUUCUAUCCAGACUUUGGGCUUGAUUUCAACGGCCAAGCCAAGUUUUAUGAAUGUGUCAAAGUCUCAUUUUGUUUCAGCAUUAACAGUUGUUUUUGUCAACUCAAAAUCAUUAUCAUCAAUCAAAAUUGAAGACACACCAGUGGAUGAUUCUUCUUUGAAGAUUCCUGUGGCCAAUAAUAGUGAUACUCUAAGACGCCUCAAAAUGAGUAGCUGUCCUCAUGUUUCAUCUGAUGGAAUCCUUUGUGUAGCUGACCAUUGUCAAGGUCUUAGAGAACUGGCAUUAAAUUAUUACAUGCUAAGUGAUGAACUUCUCCUGGCACUUUCAAGUGAGACCCAUGUUAACCUUGAGCAUCUUCGAAUAGAUGUUGUGAGUGAAAAUCCUGGACAAAUCAAAUUUCUUUCUAUUAAAAAACAAAGUUGGGAUGUACUCAUUAAACACUCCCCUGGAGUUAAUGUUGUUAUGUACUUCUUUUUAUAUGAAGAGGAAUUGGAGACGUUCUUCAAAGAAGAAACCCCUGUUACUCACCUUUAUUUUGGUCGUUCCAUAAGCAAAGCAAUUCUAGGACGCAUAGGUCUUAACUGUCCACGACUAAUAGAGUUAGUAGUAUGUGCUAAUGGUCUUCAGGCUCUUGAUGAUGAACUUAUUUGUAUUGCUGAACACUGUAAAAACUUAACAGCCUUGGGCCUCAGUGAAUGUGAAGUUAGCUGCAGAGCAUUCAUUGAGUUUGUGAGACUAUGUGGGACAAGGCUAACCCAGCUCUCUAUCAUGGAGGAAGUUUUGAUCCCUGACGAUGAUUAUAGCCUAGAUGAAAUUCAUGCUGAAGUCUCCAAAUACCUGGGAAGAGUGUGGUUCCCUGAUGUCAUGCCUCUCUGGUAA